CAAGAGGAGCUGCUUCGCGCCCUCUGGGAGCGGGCUGGCGUCAGCGGCGGGUGACGUUUCGCAACCGGAGAGCGCCGGACGACCAUGCCUUCUCGGGCGACUCGUCCCGUCCGUCGAGCGACGCCCAGACUGCACAGAGGACGUACCCGGCCUCGAUGCCGCAGAGCCGCCGCCGCGGUCCCCGAGCGGGCGGCAGGGCGUGCGCCAAAGCGUUGGCCAGCGUGCUCGCCUCGCUCUCUGCGGGCCUGCUGCUCCUGCUCCUCGGCGGACAGGCGCCUCUCAAGCCCCGAGACGACAACAACUUGUGGACGGGCCCUCCGCGAUGGGUCGUGCUCCAGGACAACGUGACCGUGCACAGGGGCUCGGCCUACAACCCCCACAACUUUUCCUACCUCCUGGACAAUGCCGAGCUGUGCGACCCCGCGGCGCCUCCCAAACUCGUCGUCCUCGUGGCUUCCGACUCCAGGACAGGGGCCGAGCGGAGGCAGGCCAUCCGGGACACCUGGGGCCAGCGUAUCCUACAGGAAGCCCUGAGCUUUCGCAUCGUGUUCCUCCUGGCCAACCCCGGCAACCAGACGUCGGCUUCGUCGCUGCUGGCGGAGAGCUACGCCUAUGGCGACUUGGUCCAGGAGGACUUUCCAGAGUCCUUCGAGCACCUGGCGCUCAAAUCAGUGAUGGGUCUCAAGUGGGUCGUGACCCGGUGCCCUGGAGCCGACUUCGCGCUAAAGACGGACGACGACAUCUUGGUGCACGUGCCUAACCUCUUGGCCGCCCUGGAAGAAGCGUCGCCCCUGGGGGACGCCAUCUUGUGCCGCUCCAAUCCCGUCCGACGGAUCCUACGCCGGGACGAAGGUCCCCUGCCUCUGCGUCAUCUCAAGUACUGCGUAGGCCGCGACGUGCUCCCUGGCGAGCUGUUCCCGCACUACUGCGGCGGCUUCGCGUACGCCUUCACCCUGAGCGCCGCUCGAAGACUCUACGAGGCGACCCUGGCGACGCCUGUGUUCUUCAUCGAGGACGCCUACGUGACGGGCUUCUGCAGGCUCAAGGCCGGGCUACGGACACUGGGGCACCCCGGGAUCUCUCUGAUCCCCCGAGUGAGCCCCGUCAGGGCCAGCUGUGCCUUCGGUCGGGAGGGCAGGAUCACCUCGCACGAGCUGGGUCCGUCGGACAUGCAGGCGCUCUGGAAGGAGAUCAACACCCAGGGCUUCUUCUGCCCGAGGGUCGUGGGGGUCAUUGCUCCGGCCGCGAAACCACGCCGAUACUGAUCACACGGACUAACAGCUGGAAGCCUGUGCUUUAUUCGUGUUGGUGAGAGGGAAAGGACCCGUACUCGAUCGCAGCGUGACGGGUUGGAUGCUUCGAGGGCUGCCGCACGCCCAACAGUGAUGUGUCUUGUGGUCACUUGAGACUGCGAUCCAUGCGAGCUCCAGCUAGCCGAAGAGACCAAACGCCAGGGGUACGGGCCCAACGACCCUCCAAAUACUUCCGUGCGUAACCUGGUUGAACUUCAGGUGAAAUUAGGACUUUGCAGGUUGCACUAAAAUCAAGCAAGAAGUGCUACAACCAGCGGAGCUGUCCUGCAUCAAGAGCGCUUGCUAAUUCGACUUAAUCUAUUUCCCAAGAAAAGAUGCACCGCUGCAGUGGCCAGCCGCUGUUGUACCUCAUUCCAGUUGGUAUCUGCCCUCUUGUGUCAAACAGGUACUAUCGCGGACAAUAUAAGCUGAAACCGUCUUUGGUGCUUAUUUGGUGUACCUACCAGUAUCUCAGAGCUCUGUGGUUCAAACUGGGAAUAGAAUCCGAAGCUGAGAUUCCACACUUCGGACUGCUUUACAAAUUGAUACCUUAUAGAGCUUGCGGGGAUCGCAGACGCAUAAAAAUGCCAGGUCGAGUGUUUCAGCUCAUAUUGACCGCGGGUGUACAUUCCGUGCCUCGAAAAGUGUUUACUUUUGAAGCACACGAAACAGAGCCUGUUGUUAGCAUUACCGAAGUAAUUCUUUGACCAACAGACAGAGAAGCAUUCAAAAUGGCACGUUUCGAAUUCCGAGUAGCCAAUUAUUUUGUGCAACAUUUGUUUUAGUAGGGUUUUUAAGUAAAAAAAAUACUCUAGCUAAAGGGACACUGACAUUUCAAAAAUAACAUAUUCUUGUCGAAACACUUACUACCCUUUACUAGAACCGCUGUAUCAGCUACGCCUGUCAACAAUCCAAUAUCCAUUCUUUUUUUCCAGUGUCGUUAUUUUGAUGAUAAAUGGGCGCAAUUGGCGAUAGUUUCCAUUCCAAAAUGUGACUUCCUGAGCUUGAGAUACCGUCGGGGAGCUCGGGUGGUAUCGCUUUGCUCUGUAGCAGACAAUUUUAACAAUCUAGAAAAUGGAAACGCGUUUUCUGCGAUUUUAGACAAAACUU